AUGGCACUUUUUGCCUUAUUGGCCAAUUCAAAGACGCUUAAUGAUCUAUCAGCAAAGGGGAUCUAUCUCAAAUCAGUGCUUAUUUUUUGCAAACAAAAUGUGUUAUUCAAUUGUGGAAGUCCAUUUUUUGCCCUAAAUGUCAAUUGGCAUUUGUCUAUUAACAUUUCUUUGGGCUCUGGGUCAGAUCCGGGUAUCAUAGGCGGUCCAACACUAAUUUCUGAUUGUGUCUAUGCUCCAAAAUAUUUCUCCCGAAGACAAGUAUGUCAUCUAGGUAUCCUAAACAAUGGUUUGGGAAUGGUUCAACCGGAGAGGUUUACAUGUGAUGGAAAGUGGCCGCGACGUUACAGAGCUCGAAAUGCAGUGCCUGAAAUUUGUAAAACACAUUUGACAAUAAAGAAGCAGCCUUCUCUCCGUUUAUUUCUCCCUGUUCUGCUUGCUAGUAUGGCCAUUUUCAGUCUAGCUUGGCGAAUCGACUUGACUCGUGUAAAUAGUUUACCAAAUUUGUUGAAGCGGAGUGGUGGAAAGGAGUCCUUCUUCUUUACCAGAACAAUCGGUGAGGUCUAUGGCGAUUUGGAUGACUUUUGUGACCUCGUCUCUGAUCAUCAUUUCAAUGAGGCAUUUCCUUUACUCUAG